GUCACCUCAAUUCAAAUGUUCAUGUCAGUGGAAAACAAGAGGGGGACUGUGGUCUAAUGUUGUUCCUCUAUGCUAAUGCCUGCAGUGUUUAGCAUUUGUUUUGCCAGCGGUAACAUGGCACGACGCAGGCGGAGACAGGCCUAUGACUGAAUGACACCCGUGGAUUUGUCCUCGCUGCGGAUGGUGUGGGAGGACGUUGUUGUGGCAGCUCUUUAUUCUCAGACCCCUCCUGUCCCAUUCAAGGCUGACUUGGGCUUGUGGUGCUAACUGGCUGUUAAUUGCCUGCCUAUACACAAGGCUUUCUCCACAUGCAGAAACCAGCUCCUUCAAGGGAAACUACCCUAAUGAGAUUAUCUAUCAGAGCAUGGGCCUGUCUAGACACCCCAAUACACACCACACACCCACCCACACACUAUAGCCUGCAGAGGUUUGAGAGGACGCCCCCCAGGUAAAAGUUACCUGCAGAAAGAGUGCAUGUUAUCAUUACACCAUUAUGGGUUUACACCCACUGUGUAAUAUCUAUUAUGGAGAAAGCUGCGAGUGUAGAAACGUGUAAAGGUGAUCAUGUAGUUAAUGUCCGACAUUUUAGUCGUCUUUUAUUCUGUACAUGUAAUAAAUAAAUAAACAGUGUAAGAAUAAUGCUUUGAGAAAACCUUCACAUGCAAAACACACAGCAUUGAAACGUUCCCCCAAUUGUAUGUCCAUCAGUUUUGUUUAAUGUGUUAUAUUGGGUAUUUACCACGUUGCACAAACACACUAAAUGCCUUUUUGGUGUGUGUGUGUGUGUGUGUGUGAAUGAUAUUUACACAGAUUCUGGUGCCGCUGCGAGCCCUGAUCUGCAGCAGGGAAGUCUGUCCAUAUUUGUUUUAAAGUCUCUUAGCAGUUAAUAAAGCUACAUUUCCUCCGUUCCCCCUUCCUGUGGGGACGGUAUCAAGGCUCUGUUAAGUCUCUUUGAUUUCCAGCACCCUCCAAUCACAGCGGGGCUCUGACUCAUCAUUGUGCCACUUCAAAGUCUGGGAAUGGCUCUCUUGACCCCACCCACCCCGGGGCUCCCCUUAAAAGUCAUGGUCAUCCCGUUCUGAGCAGGACUCACCAUCUCUGAAACAUAUCUGCUGCUGCAACACUGACUAACCUUCUGCCUCCCUGAGCUGCUGGAUUUAUUACCUUUUUCUUUACACGAGGCAGGAGAGCAGAACUGCACCUGGAUAUCACGGACACUUGGAUUUACUUUUUGGCCCUCAGUGCUUGAACCUUUCUUCAAGCUUCUCCUGAACGAUGCAGUCCAUCAGAGACUUGAAGCCCAACUUCGGCGGCCCUCCUCCCCCCUCUAUGGCUGCUGGCCCCGACGCCUAUCUCCAAGGCAACAUUAGGAUGACUCUGGAGGACCCUGAACUCUGGAAGUCCUUCCAUGAAAUAGGAACAGAGAUGAUUAUCACAAAACCGGGCAGGAGGAUGUUUCCACACUGUAAGAUUAAUCUGUCCGGCCUCAUUCCAUGUGCCAAGUACAUCUUACUGGUUGACAUGGUGCCUGUGGAUGGUUUCAGGUACAAGUGGAAUAAAGAGAAAUGGGAGGUGGCAGGGAAAGCGGAGCCCCAGCCUCCCUGCAGGACGUACCUCCACCCCGACUCUCCAGCCCCGGGGAGCCACUGGAUGAAGCAGUCCGUCUCCUUCCUCAAACUCAAGCUCACCAACAAUACACUCGACCAGCACGGCCAUAUCAUUUUGCACUCCAUGCAUCGCUACCACCCGCGCUUCCACAUCGUCCAGGCGGACGACCUCUUCAGCGUCCGCUGGAGUGUGUUCCAGACCUUCACCUUCCCUGAGACUUCCUUCACAGCGGUCACAGCGUACCAGAACACCUCGAUCACAAAGCUGAAGAUCGAUCACAACCCGUUCGCAAAAGGUUUCCGGGAUGAAGGCACAAAUAAAAAAAGGCGUUCAAACAAGAGCCCGGCCUGCCUGGAGAAACGAGCCAAGAAGUCCGACAUGUUGAACAGAGACUCUGAGGAGGACAGUCCACCAGAUUUCUGCCGGUCAUCGUAUGAGGGUUACGACGGAGAGGAAGGAGACCGGCCCAAAAAGAAAGAGGCUGAUGGUGUCAAGGAGGAGCGUUACUCCUCGUGGGCUGCUGAAAGGGAGCAGAGUGUGAGGACUGAAUCUCCCGCUGGGCCGGAGCCCAGAGACAUGUACAACACGGAGCAGCUGGUUCCCGCUCCCGCUUCCUACCAGCCGUACAGGUUCCACGAGUACGGGAAGUCUCCCUCUCCCUCCUCCAGCGUCGGCAGCAGCAGCAGCAGCAGCAGCAGUGGAUCAGGACGCAGCAGCUUUGAGUCCAGAGUCCCUGAUGUCGCCACCGUGCCCGAUCACGACGCUUCAAAGCCCCGCACGCUUGAGGUUGGCCCUUCCCCGUGUGGCCCCCAGCACCUCCCCGCCCCCCAGGAUUACACCGGGGUCCUCAACAUGUCCAUGGCCCACCAGGCCGGCAAGCCGGGGGUGAUCGGCCACCACAUCUACAGCCCGUACAGCGGCGAGCAGCCACUGGGCCAGUGGAGCGGCCCUGGUCCCACCCAGUACCCCCCCCCUCACCACCUGACCGCUGACUACACCACGCAGGCUGUGCACCACGGCUAUCACCAUGGCAACGUGGCUGAGUGGAGCCAGUACCCGCUGUUCUCCUACUCCUGCUGGUGAAGCGGGUCUUCGACGAUAACUGUGACUUUUACUGCUGCGCCGCCAUCUUGCCAGAAUGCUGCUCCGGUGCUCACACAGCUGUGAGAGUGCAUGACGAGGCUGGGGGCCACGAGGGCCACGACCACAGAGAACCUGGAGGAUGAAGAAGCAGAGCGGCCCGUCCACGCUGCUGGCCGGAUGCUGAGCGUGUGCUACGCCAUGCUGUUUGACUGUUUUUGAUUGAUGGAUUGUCUAUUUAUUUUGUAUUUCAUCUCAUCUCCAAGUUUAAAUAUUAUUUUUGUAAAAGAAAGAAUAAAACAUAAGAGUGUGCAAUUUAUGUCUGUCUUCAAACUGUGAUGUGAUCUGAAAAUAAAAACCU